CCAAGGCCCCGGAUGUCAGUGACGUCACUAAGAGCCAUCUUUUGUCAGAGGCUGGAGAAGAAGAAGGAGCCGCAGCACCAGAGACUGAUCAGCACCCUGCAAGAUGUCUGCCCCAGCUGCCGGCCCCCCCGCUGCCCCAGGCGAAGGUCCCCAGGCUCCCCCCAACCUCACCAGCAACAGGAGGCUCCAACAGACCCAGGCACAGGUGGACGAGGUAGUGGAUAUUAUGCGCGUGAAUGUAGAUAAGGUUUUGGAACGAGAUCAGAAGCUGUCCGAGCUGGAUGACCGCGCGGACGCUCUGCAGGCCGGAGCCUCGCAGUUUGAAACCAGCGCGGCCAAACUUAAGCGCAAGUACUGGUGGAAGAACCUCAAGAUGAUGAUCAUUAUGGGAGUGAUAUGCGCCAUCAUCCUCAUCAUAAUUAUUGUUUACUUCAGCACCUAAGGACAGCGUAUCUCUCCCCGUCUCUGUCACUUUUUCUCCCCCCUCGCCGGAUCUGUCAUCUACCCCAGCUGGGACCAGACAAACUUCAACAUAACCUUUCCUGCCUCUCCCUCUGCCCUUCUAACACGGGGAAGUGGGACCCCCCCCCCUCCCAUAUUGUGCAGACGCUCUCCCUGUAAAUACCCACUGACUGGAAAACCCCUAACUUAUAUACACACAUUAUAUAUAUAAAUAUAUAUAUAUAUUUAAUUUGUUCAUGUGCAGGUUUUUCUGUUCCCUUGUUUCCCGUGACGCUGUGUCUCCGUGAUGUUUAAACCCCCGAGGGGGGAGGGGCAGUAACCCCAUAACUGGUCUCUAUUUACCCCCCCUAAUGAAACAAGUCGGUUGAGGACUUAAUGGAGGAGGAUUGUGUGCGUGUGUGUGUACAGUAUGUAUGUGUGUAAAAGAAAUAUAUAUAUAUAUAUCCUCCGUUAUUCCCCCCUCUCCUUGUGGCCAUAUAUCUUCUAUACUUUUCAUAUGCAGUAUAUUAUGGUUAGGGCUUGACUGAAGGACGUGUGUCCCGGUGGCGCCAGGCUUUCCCAGAAUGCACUGCUCCGCUCUCCAAAAUACUUGGAUGAUUUCUCAAGAGUCCGUGGGGCACUUAUGGGGGGGGUACCCUCUUUCUUCCACUAAUCUGGAGGGAUCUAGUGUAAGGAUUGAGGUUAUUCUCCUGGGCUACCCCUUUUCGCCCACCCUUGCCUACAUAUUCCGCUGGUAUGCCUUGCAGGAGGCAGGAUAGUGUAGGAAUAGCAGAGAGGUCAGGUGGGGAGAGAGCGAGCGGUGUUGCUUUGUGGAUGAGGGAAAGGGGGGUUACCUGUACAGAAGUAGCAGAGGGCAGUUUUGUUUUCUCAUCACGUCUUGUCACUAGGAGGGAAGUGGCACUUGCAGGGUGAUUGUAGUUGCUGUUUAAUAAUACCCCCAUUGGGUGUAAAUGGAAGAGGGGAUCACUGUUACUGCCACCUCUGCUACGCAAUCUACUAAUAAGAUGCUGUGGGGUUAACCUUGUCAGAUCCACAACCUUUACCACUCCAUGACUGUAAAAGAAUGCCCUCUUCCCCCAACUGCCCCUCUUGUUACUUACCCCUUAUAUCCAAAACCUGCAUGGGAUCAGCCAUUAUGUAGCUGCCACCAGCUGGGGCAAUAAGGUACAUGCACCGCUGAGACACCUCCCCCCCCUCCCCCUUCCCACAGUAACUUGUGUGCCUGAUUGCCCUGUCCGCCUGCAAUGUCUCAUUAGGAGGGAGGGGGUGAGUGUGUCCAGGGGCAAUAGGGUAAAUCUCCCCCUCUCUCCUUGUUACCGACCUAUGAAAUACCCCUUCCCUUCUCCUGUCCCCACAACAUAAAUAUUAAAAUAAAUGUUGUUUAACCAAA